CAAUUGCCCAUCAAAACGCUCACAAUCUUUACCUCUAACAACACACAGGAAAAAAACACAACAUAAUUUUUGUUUCUUCGUUUGUUUCUCUGUUUCUCUUUCAAUAUCAAUCUGGUUUCUUUCUCUAGAGGGAUCGAUCAGGUGCAGAGCAGUCUUGGCUGAUACCAUGGGGAGGAGGAGGAGCUCGCCUGUGAAUGUGCUGUUUCAAUGGGUGAGGAGCCAGUCAAUGAAAGUCAAGGUCUUUCUUGGAGCCUUCCUUGCUCUCUGUGCUUUGCUUGCAUUGAGGUUUUGGGUGAGGAAUCACCACUACUUCUUCAUUGCCUCUGAGGUUGUGCAUGUGCUUGGGAUCAUCGUCCUCAUCUACAAGCUCACCACCCAAAAGACUUGCUCUGGUCUUUCCCUAAAGACUCAGGAACUCACAGCUCUGUUCCUAGCAGUAAGGUUGUUCUGUAGUACAAUGAUGGAGGGUGACAUUCACACUGUGCUAGAUUUUCUUACUCUCGUGGCAACGGCGUGGGUCAUAUAUAUGAUACGGUUUAAAUUGAAGUCGACCUACAUAAAGGAACUGGACAAUUUUCGCUUAUAUUACCUGGUGGUGCCUUCUGCUGUCCUUGGUGUGCUCGUCCACCCCUACACACUAAAUUAUCGCUUCUGUCGAAUCCUUUGGGCAUUUGGUGCAAACAUGGAGGCUGUUUCAGUUCUGCCUCAACUUCGGUUGAUGCAGAAUGCAAAGAUGAUUGAACCAUUUACCUCCCAUUAUGUAUUUGCAUUGGGGAUUUCAAGAUUUUUUGCUUGUGCUCAUUGGAUUAUUCAGAUCUAUGAGACUAACGGGACAUAUAUAUACUACAUUGGGAGUGGAUAUUUCUGGCUUUUGUCAGCUUUCCUCGGUGAGAUGGUUCAAACAUUCAUCUUAGCUGACUUUUGUUACUACUACAUAAAGAGUAAAAUGGCAGGGCAGCUGAUAAUGAGGAUGCCUCCUGUCUAGAGCUGCAGGGCUUAAUGAUGUACUGCCCUUCGUUCUCUGAGCAAAAUAUACAAGCAUCUUGUGACAGGGGGUUGGAAGUAAAUGAGUAAAUGUGUUACUCUCGUUUCUUUUUCUUUAUGCCAUAGUACGACUGUAAGACAUGGUUACUUGUGCCUUUUGGGUUUGGGAAUGAACGAAUUUUUUUGCAGUCAAGAAUUGAACGAAUGUACUUGUCGAAUUUUACCUUGUCAACUCCUAAUUUGAGGAACUUUCCUAUUG